AUGUCGUCUGAUGCUGAAGACUUCGAAAUUGAUACUAGUAGUGGCAACUUGACCUUCCCGGCAGCCUGUUCUACUAUGAGAAAGAAUGGCCAUGUCGUGAUUAAGGGUCGUCCCUGCAAAAUUAUGGAAAUGUCCGAAUCUAAGACCGGCAAGCAUGGCCAUACUAAGAUUCACCUUGUGGGUCUCGAUAUCUUCACGGGUAGAAAGUAUGAGGACAUUUCUCCCAGCACCUACGAGGUGGAUGUCCCAUUUGUGCAUAGAACUGAAUACAACCUGGAUGGAACUGAGAACGGAUAUCUUCUGUUAACAGAUCAUGAUGGUAAUUCUAAGAAUGAUGUUGCUGUACCUGAAGGCGAUCUUGGUUAUCAGCUUGCGGAUAGUCUUAGUAACGGUGAUAGACUAACUGUUACUAUAAUAAGUACUAUGAAUGAGGAGGCAUGCAUUGCUGUUAAGGUUGACGUCUAG